AUGUCGGGGACCGCCACGACCACGGCCACAGCCACACCACGGCCCAGCACGCCCGACAGCGAUCGCAUUGCCCCCGCUGCCUCGACUCCCCGCAAUGGCCCCCCGUCCAACCCGUUCGCUACGCCUUACGGCUCCAUGCCGGCAUCGGCAACCGGCUCUUUCUACGACAUCGGCGCCAACGGCAUCGUCACCCAGAGAUACUUCCGCUCGCGGCGGAUAAAGAAGGGCAGUGUCGAGCAGCCAUGGAAGGAAGUGAAGGAUCCCAAGGCCAAGUGGACCACCAUCAUCCCCCUCAUUGGCAUCAUCAUCGGCCUGGGUGUAACCGGCGUUCUGAUCUGGGACGGCCUGCGCAACGUCAUCAACCACGAGUACUGCCCGGUACUCGACGACAACUUCGCCAAUGGCUUGAACAGCAAGGUGUGGACGAAGGAGGUUGAGGUGGGCGGAUUCGGCAACGGCCAGUUCGAAAUGACAACCGACACCGACGAGAACGCAUUCAUCCAGGACGGUGUGCUGCACCUCAAGCCCACGCUGCAGGACCAGAAACUCAUCGACACGAACAAUGUCAUCAACCUGCUGGACGCCGGCACGUGCACGGGGUCGAACUGGUACAGCUGCGUUACGUCGACCAACACGACUAACGGCACCAUCGUCAAUCCGGUCAAGUCGGCACGCAUCAACACCAAGAUGGGCGCUAACAUCAAGUUCGGACGAGUGGAGGUGGUGGCACAGCUGCCUGAGGGUGACUGGCUGUGGCCCGCCAUCUGGAUGCUGCCCAAGAACGCAACCUACGGCGACUGGCCGCGGUCGGGCGAGAUCGAUAUCAUGGAGGCACGCGGCAACAACUACACCUACCCCACCGGUGGCAACAACAUUAUCAGCAGCGCACUGCACUUUGGGCCCGACGUCUCGACCGACGCGUGGUGGACGAGCAACGUCAAGCGCAAGGCCAAGCUCACCACCUACUCCAAGGCCUUCCACACCUUCGGCAUGGAAUGGAGCGAGAAGUACAUCUUCACCUACGUUGAUACCCGCCUGAUCCAGGUCAUGUACAACAAUUUCGACAAGCCCUUCUGGGAGAAGGGCCAUUUCCCGCUGUCCGACACCAACGGCACCCGCCUCGUUGACCCUUGGAGCCAGACGGGCAGCAAGGCCACGCCCUUCGACGAGGAAUUCUACCUGAUCAUCAACGUCGCCGUCGGCGGCACCAACGGCUGGUUCAAGGACGGCAAAGCCGGGAAGCCGUGGGUGGACGCCAGUGCGACUGCGAGGAGGGACUUCUGGAACUCUCGAGACCAGUGGUACCCCACUUGGGAGGACAAGGGCGAGAUGCUCGUCAAGAGCGUCAAGAUGUGGCAGCAGAAGGGCUACAACGGCUGCUGA